CUUUUUUGACCAUUUAGAGUAGAAUUUUUAAGUAAAUAAACAAAAUUGAAUUUUAAAUAAUAAAAAAUUUAAAUAAUUGCUUGAAAUGGUUUGCGGUUAGUUAUUUAUUAAUUUGGAAUUCAAAUACUUCGAGUUUUUAACGUUGAUCAAUAUAGUAAAGAAAAAAUUUUUCCAUUCGUUACCUUAGUCAUCAAUUUCAGCCUUUAUUUUUUAAUACCACACCUCAGAAAACAAUAAGCAUAUAAAAUGGAUGAAUUAAAAAUUUUUCUUCGAAAAACCGCAGGUGAUUUUGUUAACGAAGUUGGUAAGAUAGCAGUCGGUGCUACAAAAGAAGCGCUUGGCAAUGUUAUAAACGAAGUGUUCAUCAAAAAAGAAGCAGAAAAUAAAAGAGUUUUGCCUAGUAUUAAAAAUAUGAAAGUACUAAAUUUAGAAUCAACCGGUUUGAGAUCUUCGUCAUAUGAAAAUGUUCAAGAUUUUAAAGUUUUGCGUCAGGGAAGUUUGGAUAGAGGUUCCCUCUUUGAAGAUCCUAUAUUUCCGGCAAGAAAUGAGUCUUUAAUGUUUUCAAGACGACCCGAUAGGCAUAUUGAAUGGUUGCGUCCACAUGAAAUUUGUGACAAUCCUCAAUUUUUUGUCGAAGGAUAUUCACGAUUUGAUGUUCAACAGGGAGAGCUCGGUGAUUGUUGGUUAUUGGCUGCUACUGCUAAUUUAACCCAAGAUUCAAACCUAUUUUUUAAAGUUAUACCUUCGGAUCAGGGUUUUGACGAAAGCUAUGCGGGAAUUUUUCAUUUUCGUUUUUGGCAAUACGGAAAAUGGAUUGAUGUUGUAGUUGAUGAUCGGCUACCUACUUACCGAGGUGAAUUAAUGUACAUGCAUUCCACAGAAAAAAAUGAAUUUUGGAGUGCUUUACUUGAGAAGGCUUAUGCCAAAUUACACGGUUCCUAUGAAGCAUUGAAAGGCGGCACAACUUGCGAAGCUAUGGAGGACUUCACAGGAGGAGUUACAGAAUGGUAUGAAAUGAAAGACGCACCGGCGAAUUUGUUCAAUAUACUUUAUAAAGGUUUUGAGAGGAAUUCUAUGAUGGGCUGCAGUUUGGAACCUGAUCCAAAUGUACUAGAAGCCGAAACAGAAUCUGGUCUUAUUCGUGGCCACGCAUAUUCUAUAACUAAAGUAGCACUAAUAGACAUAACAACUCCUAACAGAGUAGGUAAAAUUCCAAUGAUUCGGCUGCGGAAUCCUUGGGGAAAUGAAGCAGAAUGGAAUGGACCAUGGAGCGAUAAAUCUUCAGAAUGGAGAUUAAUUUCAGAAGCGACGAAAAAUGAGAUUGGUUUGAAUUUUGAUCGGGAUGGAGAAUUUUGGAUGUCCUUCCAAGAUUUUGUGAACAACUUUGAUCGAGUUGAAAUUUGUAAUUUAUCUCCAGAUUCUUUAACAGAUGAGCAAAGACACGAUGGAAAAAGACGUUGGGAAAUGUCAGUUUUCGAAGGCGAGUGGACUCCUGGUGUGACAGCGGGUGGUUGUCGAAACUUUUUGGAAACAUUUUGGCAUAAUCCACAAUAUGUUAUUACGUUGGUUGAUCCAGAUGAAGAAGAUGAUGACGGUAAAUGUACGGUCAUCAUCGCAUUAAUGCAAAAAAAUCGACGAUCCAAGAGAAAUUUGGGAAUGGAUUGUUUAACAAUUGGCUUUGCAGUUUACAAUCUAGAGGAAAAAGAUUUGCAUGUGAGGCCGCAAACAAUGAAUUUUUUUAAAUAUCGUGCUUCAGUUGCUAGAUCUCCUCAUUUUAUAAAUACUAGAGAAGUAUGCGCUCGUUUUAAAUUACCUCCAGGACAUUACCUUAUCGUGCCUUCUACUUUCGAUCCUAAUGAGGAAGGCGAAUUUUUAAUACGUGUGUUCUCUGAACAUAAAAAUAAUAUGGAGGAAAAUGAUCAGCGUGUCGGAUAUGGGGAUAUAAUUGAAGGUGGCGAUGAUAUUCCUAGCGAUAUACCAAUUGCACCAAAACCUAUAAUUCUUGAUCCUCAAAAACAAGCUCUAGAAAGAUUAUUCAGAGACAUCGCUGGUUCCGACAUGGAAGUUGAUUGGAUGGAAUUAAAAAAAAUUUUAGACCAUUCUAUGAGAGAUGAUUUACCAAGACAAAUGGUACCAAACUAUGCCCAAAACGAUUCUGAUGCUUUAUUAAUGAACGGUGGAACUGGAAAUGCUGAAGGAGAGAUUAAUCUUUUUGCUCUGCUAUGUGGCGCUUGUUGUAAAGGAACUCCAUUUGAACCCUUACUUGGAAUAAAUCAAAACGAACCACUGGAUUCGAAUCGCCCUGUCCUAAUACCACCUAGCUCCGUAAUUUCUACCGAAGCAUCAGGAUUUUCAAAAGAUGUUUGUAGAUCAAUGGUUGCAAUGAUGGAUUCUGAUCAAUCUGGGAAACUAGGAUUUGAAGAAUUUCAGGAAUUACUAACCGAUAUUGCCAAAUGGAAAGCUGUUUUCAAAUUAUAUGACCGUAACAACGAAGGACGAAUAAGUGAGUUCGAUUUAAGAACUGCUUUAAAUUCUGCUGGUUAUCAUAUGAAUAAUAGAAUUCUAAACGCUUUAGCACACCGUUAUGGUUCGCGUGAUGGAAAAAUUGCGUUUGACGAUUUUAUUCAUUGUGCCGUAAAAAUAAAAACCUUUAUUGACAUUUUUAAAGCCCAUGAUGCAGAAGGAACAAAUGUUGCCUCAUUUACUAUGGAUGAUUGGGUUGAAAAGACAAUAUACUCUUAAAAAAAAUUUUUUAAAAGGUAUAAGGCUUACCAAUUUCUCCUUACAAAAUGAAAAAUCGCAGAAAUAAAUAUUGCUUAGAUUAAUGGCUUAAAUAUAUAUAUAUAUAUUUUUUUAAUAAAAGUCCUCAGGACUGUUUAUCGAAUAUUUAAGAAUUAUUUUUCUACUUAUUUUUAUAUAUUAGCUGUUUUACUUAAGAAAAUUGUAGUUCAUAUUUAUAACGUUGUUGUUUUUAUAUACAUAUAUUAUACAUUAUAUUUACAAAUUUACAUUUAUUAUUUAAUCAUGUCAAUCAAUUACUU